AUGCACGCCUCUAAACGGAUUCCGAGCAGCGGUCACACGUCGCCGUCUCCGCCACAGUCUCCCCUCCGUUCUCCUCGCUACCGAGGGCGGUCCAAGCCUGGCCGGUUCCCUCCGGCGGCGGCUCACCCGCCUGGUCGCACUCUAGCUCAUCGCCUUGCUUGGCUUCUCCUCUCCGUUCUCCUCCGUCGCCAGGGGAUUUUCUUGUUCGCCCCGCUUAUCUACAUCUCGGGAAUGCUUCUCUACAUGGGGACUGUGUCCUUCGAUGUCGUCCCCCAGAUUUCUCAUAGGCCUGCUCCUGGUUCGGUUUAUAAGAGCCCCCUCAUUUAUGAGAAGCUCCGACCUGAAAUGGAUGCCGAUAAUUCGUCUGCUGAUGCGCUAUUAACUAUAUGGAAAAAUUCGUACAAAAGUGGCGAGUGGAAACCUUGUGUGAACAAGUCGUUGGAAGGCAUACCAGCUUCUAAUGGUUACAUAUAUGUUGAGGCCAAUGGAGGUUUGAAUCAGCAAAGGACUUCGAUAUGCAAUGCAGUUGCUGUUGCUGGCUAUCUGAAUGCUACACUCUUGAUCCCUAAUUUCCAUUACCACAGCAUUUGGAAAGAUCCCAGCAAGUUCAAAGACAUAUAUGAUCAAGAAUUUUUUAUCAAAGCCUUACAAAAUGAGGUGAGGGUGGUUGAUAAGAUUCCAGUAUAUCUAAUGGAGCGGUUUGAUCACAACUUCAGCAAUGUAUUCAACUUCAGAGUAAAAGCAUGGUCACCUAUUGAAUAUUACAAAGAUGUAGUCCUCCCCAGGCUACUCGAAGAAAAGGUUGUAAGAAUUUCUCCAUUUGCGCACCGUUUAUCAUUUGAUGCUCCUCCAGCUGUCCAACGCCUUAGAUGUAUGGCAAACUAUGAAGGUCUAAGAUUCUCAAACCCCAUAUUGACAAUGGGGGAAAAUCUGGUGGCUAGAAUGAAAGAACUGAGUGCAAGCCAUGGUGGGAAAUAUGUUUCUGUGCACCUGCGCUUUGAGGAGGACAUGGUUGCUUUCUCUUGUUGUGUGUUUGAUGGUGGUGCCCAAGAAGAUAGAGACAUGAAAGCUGCUAGGGAAAGAGGCUGGAAAGGGAAAUUUACAAAGCCUGGUCGAACCAUACUUCCUGGAGCCAUCAGGCUUAACGGGAAGUGCCCCCUUACUCCCUUAGAGGUUGGUCUGAUGCUUAGGGGAAUGGGUUUCGGCAAGGACACAUUUAUAUAUUUAGCUUCUGGAAAGAUUUACAAUGCCGAGAAGUAUAUGGUUCCAUUGUUGGAAAUGUUUCCAAAUUUGCAGACAAAGGAUACACUAGCAACCGCUGAAGAACUCGCACCAUUCAAGAAUUUUUCUUCCAGGAUGGCUGCAAUAGACUACACUGUUUGCCUUCAUAGUGAGGUAUUUGUGACAACUCAAGGUGGCAACUUCCCUCAUUUCUUGUUAGGCCAUCGGAGAUUCUUGUUUGGUGGGCAUGCCAAGACAAUUAGGCCAGACAAGCGGAAGUUAGCUUUGCUGCUUGAUAAUACAUCACUAGGGUGGAAGAGUUUCAAACGGCAAAUGUUGAACAUGCGGUCUCAUAGUGAUUCCAAGGGGUUUGAAUUCAAGAGAAUGAAUGACUCGGUAUAUUCUCAUCCAUGCCCUGACUGCAUGUGCCGGAUCAACAAGGCAGUAGAAUUGUCGUGA